CCCGCAGCAUUCCAGUUUAAACUGUGCAUUCUUCAAGGCGAAAAGUCCGUAGUACCCCGCACGCACAGAGUAUAGAAACCGGCGUCUAUUUCUUCAACUGUCCUGUAUCUCCAUCACUGCAGCCGUAAACUUACUCGACACCGAUCCGCACCACAGAACCACCGUAAUCCAUCAUGCGUCUCUCCUGCAGCCUCGUCCCCGUCUCGCUGACCCUGCUCAGCGCAGUCUCGGCGUACAACUGCGGAACUACGAUCAUCAACCAGCUACCGAACAUCGGCCUUGGUCUGAACUCUGGAAUCCUCGGCAAGACUCUUGCACGCACGCCAGUGUGCUGCAAAGAGCCCGGAACAGUGAUCCUUGGAGUCGACGACAACUGCCGUCGUAUCAAUCCGGCUCUCCGGAGCGGCGCGACGUUGUUCACGUUUCGCAAGAAUUGCGCGGAGAACGUGGGUGGCGGGCGCAAGGCGACGUGCUGCUAUGCGCCGACUGGCUUGGUUGAAACGGCUUUCUUGAACUGUGACACGGCCCUGCCGAAUAACUAGUUCACGGUCUGAUCUAGUAUCGAUCACACAAUAGAAUGUCGACGAGGACAAUCCUUUUCCAAUGUGUCACAGCGCUUGAGACUACCAAGAGAUGCUGCAUAGAC